AUGAAUCUGUCACUCAUUGAUCCCUUUGUCCUAGCUCAGGACUACCCAGACACCUUAUCAGAGAAACUAAGAAGCGGCCAUGCGACGUGUCUACGCUUCAAUCGCAAAGGAGAUUAUUUAGCCUCCGGUCGAGUAGAUGGCACUGUGGUGAUCUUCGACAUUGAGACGAAUGGAGUGGCCCGGAAAUUACGGGGCCAUACCAGACAGAUCCAAUCCCUAAGGGAUGGCAGGUAUCUUCUAAGUUCCUCACAGGAUUGGAAAUGUAUUCUGUGGGACCUCCAAGAUGGUUCCCGAGUGCGCACAGUCCGAUUUGAAGCUCCAGUGUACAUUGCCGAGCUACAUCCUUACAAUCACUUGUUAUUUGUGGCCUCCCUGUUCGAAGAUCAACCCGUUCUCGUCGACGUCUCAUCUCCCAAGCCCAUCAAACGCAUCCUACCCUCCGCUCCCUAUCGGCCACCGCCACCUGAGUCCGAAGAAGUUGAUCCUGCCGUCGCCGCAAAGCAAGCGGCUCAAGAUGCAAAGCAUUCGACAUGCGUGACCAUCUUCACUGCAUUGGGAAACCAUAUCAUAGCGGGGACAUCAAAAGGGUGGAUCAACAUCAUCGAAACGCAGACCUGCACUACGAUCCACUCCACUCGACUCUGCAAUGGUGUUGUGAUUUUGAUUCGUCUGGCCAGGAACGGUCGAGACCUCUUAAUCAACAGCUCCGAUCGGGUGAUCCGCACGAUCCUCAUGCCCGAUCUCUCCCAGCUGGGCAUCGAUCUCGAACCCGCUAACAUCAAGCUACAAGUAGAACAUAAAUUCCAAGACGUGGUCAACCGACUGAGCUGGAACCACGUCACCUUCUCGUCCACCAGUGAAUUCGUUACCGCAUCUACCUUCAUGAACCCGGACAUCUACGUCUGGGAACGAAGUCACGGCUCACUGGUAAAGAUCCUCGAAGGACCCCGCGAAGAACUCGGGGUCGUUGAAUGGCACCCCUCCCGACCAAUGGUGGUAGCCUGUGGCUUAGAAUCCGGAUACAUUUAUACUUGGUCCAUUGUCACGCCGCAAAAAUGGUCUGCUCUAGCACCUGAUUUCGGCGAGGUCGAAGAGAACGUCGAAUAUGUUGAACGCGAAGAUGAAUUCGACGUCCAUCCUGCCGAAGAGAUUCACAAGCGUCGUCUAGACCAAGAGGAUGAAGUUCCAGAUGUACUCACCAUCGAACCGCACAAAAGCGGCGCGGACGACGACAUGGAAUCGUUCCGUAUGCCUGUUCUCCUCGAUAUCUCAGAUAGUGAAAGUGAGGAAGACAUUGUCACUGUGGGGCCAGGUACAAUGCGACGGCGUAGCCCCGGCGCUGGUCGUGAGUUGAACGACGGCGACAAAGACUCUGCUAGUGGUCGAAAUGGUACCACAAGAGGGCAAAGGGGCCGACGACGAUGA